AUGGCCACGCUGAUCAGUACCUGUGCUAGUGCUAAACCUCCCCGAACGUCCCACGUAAUCACCAAAUUCUACGCGAAGCCUUUCCCCCCUAAAAUAACCUCGAAGCAGUCCGAUGCGACUAUCUAUCUUUCGAACAAGAUCCUGAGGAGCUUCAGACUUCCAGCAAGACCAAUAGUCGGCUUCGGUUUUAACCUUCCAUUCAGCCACUCGCCAAAGAUAUUCUUCAGCAAUAGCGCGUCUAAGCGCUUCUUUAAUGGUCUUUCCUUCCUCGCCCACAUGGUAGCCCCAACUUUCCAAGUUCUGAAAAAUUUUCGCCGCAUGUUUAAUGACUGCGGUAUCGUCUAUGCCGAAGUGGUUGUGUUCCAUGAGCAUCAUCAAGAAGUUCGAAACGCGUGUUGUGUACUGAUCCGUAGUCAAAGUCUGCGAACGAAAACCGCAGAAAAACAUGCUUGCGUUCAUCCUCCACUUGGUGCACCAGGCGCUCAAAGUCACACGUAUUCAUCCGCAUUUGCGGCCCAUUUCCCUGCAUAUUCAUUGAUCUUCUUCAGGCUCUGGAACUUCGGAUUUUUGUCAAAAAAUGCGAAUAGAUCCUUCACACGCCAUAAUCUGUCGAAUACGGCAAGCCCCGGCAAUGGCCUCUUCAUAGCGAAGUCACCGCUUAGUGAGACUAGUGGUGAAAGAUAUAUUUCUUCGCAUCUCUUUCCCUUAUUGAUUUGGAGGUCCUCUGGUGCUGACAUGGGGGUAUACAUGCCGGAUACGCACUUAUGUUCCGCCGAUAAGUGUUCGUCUGACCCGAAACUAUUGAUAUGGGCUGGCCUCGGCUUGAGAACUCAUGAAAUCUUCCUCAUGCCUCUGGUGCUCCUCCUAGCUCCACAAAAUAACAAAUCUGGGCAGAAUGCAUCUGUAACUCCAUUGUGGCUCAAAGAACAGCUGGAUGCAACAAUGAGAGCACGCUCUAUCGCAGGGUUAGUUAUGAAGCUGAUAGCUGAUAGAGGAGGGCUCACAUGGAGUGCAAGGUUUCUAGAGCUCAGUGGAGCUUUGAAACUUAAUGUCAAGGACCCACAUUCACCCGAACACAUAGUCACCCAGCUCGUGACAGCCAUAGGAAGUCCGAGAAGAACUCCACAGUUUAACUCUAUCUGGAAUGGCGUAGAAUACAAUACAACUCCCCGUAAGCGCAUAAAGUCCUUCUGCCAAAAAUAUCGCCCCAAUGUGGCGGAAUUCAAAAUUAUCUGGCUUAGAUGCUGCGAACAGAAAGAUCAAGAGUAUGGCCAACACUACGGCAUUUUUCUAGCUACAUUCACGAGGGAGAGAGUUGAGAGGCUUAAACCGUGGAUGCGUCUCGAACGUCCCGUCACGUGCUUUGGUACAUAUAUGUCCUUUCUCGAGCCCCUGAGUCUCCUCGAUAAUUUUUCUAUCAAUACUAUCAUAUACUCCCCUUCUGCGUUUCAUGCUUCUGUCUACAGGACACCCCAAAAGCCUAUUCAAUUAAAUUGCUGUUAA